AUGGCAUUCCUAGACCUCCCCACAGAACUAAUCCUCCUCAUCCUCCCCACUCUCUUCGAGCCCGAUCUCGCGCAUUUACUUCAAGUUCAUCGUUCUCUGUAUGGUAUUGUGCUUCCAUAUCUCUACCGCCGACAUCUCCAAGACAACAAAAACAACAGUACCAAGGAAUCUAAAAAUGAGGCGAAUGGGUUCUUCCUUUGUGUUGCUACCGGCAACAAAGCAGGCGUGCAGCGAUUCCUUACCCAUGGCGCAGAUGUAAAUGCUGUGACGAGCGCGGUCUCCAUGAGGCACGCGGGUUUUCAUGCGAUGGGAUUUGUGCCGUGGCAUGAUAUGCAAACCCCCUUAAACGUUGCGGCUAAUAGGGGCGACGAUGAGCUUGUAUCUCUCCUCCUCAGCCAUGGCGCGGGCGUCAAUGGCUCUUUUGAUAAUCACAUUGGAGGAGGUGGUGGUCGGCGCMCCGCCGUUCAMCCAGCCGUAGUCGACGCCCUCCUCUCAAACCACCCUAGCACAGUCCAGCUUUUAUUGCAACACAAAUCGCCCCUUUCGGGCCCUUACAUGGAGCGCGGCGGACUACUCAAUUGCGCGAUUGCGAGGGAAAACUUGUCGCUGCUCGAGAUGCUGGUUUGUGAGUUUGGCGCGGAUUUGAACGGGUCGUGGCAGGAGGGUGUUUAUCCACUGAAUAGAGCGGUGGGGUUGCUUGGCCCCAAGGCAGUGGAGGUUGUGAAGUUUAUGCUUGAUCAUGGUGCUGAUGUUGCUUUAGCCAAUGGUGAUGACGAUACUGGCGGCGGCGGUGGUGAUGGUGGCGGCCAAAGACUUCUAAACCAAGCAAUCCGCCACGGCACAAUCGAUACAUUAAAUCUCUUGCUAACCCGCGGCAUCGUAUCGCCCUCUUCUCAUCCGCUAGACAACGACAUCUUCCGCACAUGGAUCGUCGAGCGCUGCACGCCCGAGACAGUGCAUCUCCUACACUCUCACGCUUAUUUCCGUGCACUAGACGAUACGCAGGACGACGUGCUCAUGAUCGCUGUGCGCGCUCGACGUGGAGAUAUUCUUCAACUCUUCAUCGACAGCGGGGUCGCAGAUCUGAAUGCGCGACGUACGAGAGGCGGAUCGACACUUUUGCAUACUGCUGUUGUGCGGUGUAGACCGCUGAGAGAAGGAGGAGGACCACCACCAAUCAGAUAUGCGAACAUAACUUCUCGCGCAUUUUCAGAUCCGUUGGUUCGUAGAAUUGAGCCGGAUAUUGACCCUCUGCACGUCUCGAGUAGGAGGUGCACGACCGAGAACGAAGAAAAGUGUACGCCAGAGGAGAUUGUGCGCUGUUUGGUUCGUGGAGGUGCAGAUGUACAUGCGAAGGAUGAGAGGGGGAUAAGCCCGUUGGAUCUGGCUGAGAAGGGUCCUGAAGUUGUGUAUAAAAUGCUUGUUGAUAGUAGUAGUCCUGUAUGA